GGUUGCUCCUCCCUCCUGCAGAUAUGAGCAGAUAUAAAGCCCUCUGCUUUCCUUUCUUAACACCACAGUUUCUGCCUGGACACUCUCAACACUUGUUGCUUACUGGACAUUCACCCACUACACUCGCACUAUGAUUUUUUUUCUUCUAGGAAUAACCUUUUGAUGAAAUUGUUAAAAGUCGAAGUCCAUGCUUCCUGCUUACAUUUGUUGUUGUAGUUUUUAAAUGUUAUUAUUGCUGUAUUUCGGGUGAAAGCAUGGCUUGGUUCAUUGUAAAUAUCAGUAACAUCACUUUGGAGAAUGCACUAUCUGGGGAUGAGCCGCGAGAUGAGCGCUUGGCUCAAGUGGAAAUAGCUCUCCUGUCCAUCAUCUUCAUCACUGCAGGGAUGUUAAACUUCGGGGUCUUGUUGCUGCUGUGGAAGCGGAGGAAGCAGCUCUCCAGGAUGCGCGUCUUCGUCUUCCACCUGUGCGUCGCCGAUCUGGUGGUCACAUUCUUCCAAGUUUGUCCCCAACUCAUGUGGGACAUCACUGACCGAUUCGUCGGGCCAGAUAUAUUGUGUCGCGUAGUGAAGUACCUGCAGGUGGUCGGGAUGUUUGCCUCCACUUAUAUGAUUGUAGUGAUGACGAUGGACCGAUAUCAAGCCAUCUGCAACCCCAUGGUGACUUUCCAAAGGCGCAGGGCGCGCUGGAACGGCGCGGUGUGCGCCGCUUGGUGCGUCUCUUUCAUCGGCAGCCUCCCACAGAUCUUCAUUUUCUCUCGGGUCGAGGUCGCUCCCGGUGUGUACGACUGCUGGGCUCUGUUCAUCAAGCCGUGGGGACCGAGAGCCUACGUGACCUGGACGACUCUGGUGAUAUUCGUCCUGCCCAUUCUCGUGGUGAUCGUGUGCCAGGUGCGCAUCUGCCGCACCGUGCACAUUAACUUUCACAUGAAGACGCACCACGUCGCAGAGUCGGUCAGUAAGACGCUGUCCUCCAGGGCCAGCAGCGUGACAGGGGUGUCAAAGGCGAGGGCGAAGACUGUGAAGAUGACCGUGGUCAUCGUGCUCGUCUACAUCAUCUGCUGGACGCCUUUCUUCAUUGUGCAGCUCUGGUCUGUCUGGGACAUUGAGGCCCCCACUCAGACUGCAACCUUCACCAUCUUGAUGCUGCUAGCCAGUCUGAACAGCUGUGCGAACCCUUGCAUCUACCUGCUGUUCAGCGAGAAGCUGCCCAAGACGCUCGUGGCCCUAAUGUGUGUGGGUCAGUCCGAUCUGAAGGAGUCCAUCCAUGAGGAGGCCACCAUGGUCAGCUCCCUGCACAUCAGCCUCAAGAGUCUGCCACACUGCAGAUAAAGCGCUGACACCUCUGAAGCUCAUCUUACCCCAGGCCAGACAAUAUUGGCAUCCUCUAAUAAGUGUGAGGCCAAACAUCACAGAAGAACUACAAGUCCCUGUAGUAAUUAUAGUGAAAAAUUAAUAAUCUGUGAAAUGCUUUCAUGUAGUUCAACUCACACACCAUAAGUCUUUACAGGGAUAUAACAGUGAAACAUCGAGUAUGAUUGCGUGCCAUAAAGUCACUAUUACAUAACACAUACUUAACGGUCCCAUGGCAUGAAAAUUUCACUUUGAGGUUUUUUAACAUUAAUAUGCA